AUGGUUUCCGAAUUGGUGCGAGCUUGUAUGCUGUGCUUGCUGUGUGCGACGCACGCACAUUGCUCCUCACAUCACAAUGUUAAUAACACUCACCUCGGUGGAGGAUUAAAAGCUUCCUAUGAAAACAGUAGAGAAAACAGUCUACAGACCUCUCCUGAUAAUAAUGUCCAACUUGUUGAGAGGUCAAAACGGACAGUCUCAGAAGAGGACUAUAUAAAACUUGCAUUUGAUAAAUUUGGUGAUGGAGAAAAACUCAACCUGACAGGAUUUAGAAAUCUGCUUGCUGCUGUCGGCAUUAAGCUUAUCAGCCAGGGGCAUUCACCUUUUCAUAAAACAUUAACUGAAGAGAAUAACAAUUCUACUGAUGUGAAAAAUACUAAGACAAAAUGUGAAUCUCUCGACGAUGCCUUGAUCCACCCAGUUAAUGUGACACAGUCCAAAUUCAAGGAAAUCUGCCCGUGGAUUAUUAAUGAAAUAAUUCGUUCAAAUUCUCAUAUGGAAUCUCCUUGUCACCACGACCACGAACACUCGGAAGAAAGAAGUGAAGAAGCAAGUCUUAUUGUCGUUUGGGUCUACGCUAGUAUUUCUGUGAUCCUGAUCAGCCUUUGUGGCUUGUUGGCAGUUGCAGUGAUACCCCUGAUGCAGAUGACUGUCUAUCAAGGCCUUCUGCAGUUCUUGGUUGCACUUGCUGUCGGUACACUCUGCGGCGAUGCCCUUUUACAUCUUCUACCACAUGCUAUGUUAAUUAGCCAUGGAGCGCAUGACCACAGUGGUUGGAACAGCGAAUCAAAAGACCACGAUGAUCAACAUGAUACCAAUUUGUGGAGGGGCUUUAUUGCAGCUUUGGCCGUUGUUUUCUUUUAUUUCACUGAGAAAUUUUUUUCAAUGCUAACUGAAUGGCAUAAGAAGUGCCAGAGAAAAAAUAAGAAACCAACUACAAGAGUUCAUGUUGUGCGUGAAGAGACUCAGUCUGAUCAAGAAAAUCGUGUUGGUGAAAAACUUUGUAAACACAAGUACAGCUCUUAUCCGUAUUGCUAUGGAGAGAUUACCAAUUCCGCCACGGAUAAUAUUCCUCCAAACGGUCCUUGCUUCGGUGAUUCGGAAAUUAACAAUAUACGUUUGAUGAGGGAAGAAAAUGGUGUGAACAAGCAAGAAGAAAUUGACCCACAAAAAGAAGAUGUUCCCUGUUCAGAGAAGCAGUUGCUUGAAACUGCAGAUCAAGUUCCUGAAUACACCGUUAUUAUAAGAGAACACGAAACAAGACAUCAUGGACAUGCGCACACUCACGGCCACGUGCACUCAGCUCCCAGCUCGCUGAGCUCGGUGGCUUGGAUGGUGGUGAUGGGAGACGGCUUACACAAUUUGGCCGAUGGAUUGGCUAUAGGAACAGCUUUUGGUGCAAAUGUGGGGGGAGGAAUCAGUACUGCAGUUGCGGUAUUUUGUCACGAACUUCCUCAUGAAAUUGGUGAUUUUGCUGUUCUGUUGAAAGCAGGGAUGUCAGCGAAACAAGCAGUAUUUUAUAACUUAUUGUCUUCUAUCUUAUGUUUUUUCGGCAUGGCGUUGGGUAUUGCUCUAGGACAUAACGAUUCUAUGAAGCAAUGGGUCUUUGCGUUUGCUGCUGGAAUGUUUUUGUAUAUUGCACUGGUUGAUAUGGUUCCAGAAUUAUCUAGUUCUCAUUCAAAAGAAGGAGGCUCUAUCUGCCAGUGCCUUCUUCAGUUCUGUGGUCUUAUUACCGGGAUUGGUAUCAUGCUCGUAAUUGCGCUCUAUGAGCAUGCGCUCAUGGAAUCGUUUCAGCAUUCGUUUUAA